AUGGCAGGGGCCUCUGUGAAGGUGGCGGUGCGUGUCCGCCCCUUCAAUUCAAGGGAGAUUGGAAAAGACAGCAAAUGCAUCAUUCAGAUGUCUGGAAACACCACCACCAUCAUCAACCCCAAGCAGGCCAAAGACCACAAGAGCUUCAACUUUGAUUACUCCUACUGGUCGCACACCACGCCAGCGGAUCCCAAUUAUGCCUCUCAGAUGCUAGUGUUCAAAGACAUCGGAGAAGAGAUGUUGCUUCACGCCUUUGAAGGCUACAACGUCUGCAUCUUUGCUUACGGCCAGACGGGCGCUGGCAAGUCCUACACCAUGAUGGGAAAACAGGACGUCAAAGAUCAACAAGGAAUCAUCCCCCUGCUGUGUGAAGAUCUUUUCACCAAAAUCAACAACAAUACAGACAACAGCAUGUCUUACUCUGUGGAGGUAAGCUACAUGGAAAUUUACUGUGAGCGAGUGCGGGACUUGCUGAACCCCAAAAACAAAGGUCACCUGCGUGUGCGAGAGCAUCCUCUGAUGGGACCUUAUGUGGAGGACCUGUCCAAGCUGGCUGUCACCUCCUACAACGACAUCCAGGACCUAAUGGACUCUGGCAACAAGGCCAGGACUGUGGCUGCCACCAACAUGAAUGAAACAAGCAGUCGCUCACACGCAGUCUUUAACAUCAUAUUCACUCAGAAACGCCUUGAUACCGACACUGAUAACACCACUGAGAAGGUUAGCAAAAUAAGUUUGGUGGAUCUGGCUGGCAGUGAGAGGGCAGAUUCUACUGGAGCCAAAGGGACAAGGCUUAAGGAAGGAGCAAAUAUCAACAAAUCUCUAACCACGUUGGGGAAAGUCAUCUCGGCUUUGGCAGAGGUAGACUCUGGGCCAAAUAAGAAUAAAAAGAAGAAGAAAGUAGAAAGCUUCAUUCCCUACAGAGAUUCAGUCUUGACUUGGCUACUGAGAGAAAAUUUGGGGGGUAAUUCUCGCACUGCGAUGGUAGCCGCCCUGAGUCCAGCAGACAUCAACUACGACGAGACCCUCAGCACACUCAGGUACGCAGACCGCGCCAAACAAAUCCGCUGUAACGCCGUCAUCAACGAGGACCCCAACAACCGGUUGGUGCGCGAGCUGAAGGAGGAGGUGUCUCGUCUGAAAGAACUCCUCUUCUCCCAGGGUCUGGGUGACAUCAUUGAGAUGACCAAUGCCAUGACGGGGAUGAGUCCCUCUCCGUCUCUCACGGCCUUGUCCAGCCGUGCCGGGUCUAUCGCCAGUCUGCACGACCGCAUCAUGUUCAGCCCAGGCAGCGAGGAGGCCAUCGAGAGGCUGAAGGAAACAGAAAAAAUCAUUGCAGAACUCAAUGAGACUUGGGAAGAGAAACUUCGCCGAACAGAAGCCAUCAGAAUGGAAAGAGAGGCCUUGCUGGCAGAGAUGGGCGUAGCAAUGCGAGAAGACGGUGGGACAGUUGGUGUUUUCUCCCCGAAGAAGACGCCUCAUCUGGUGAACCUCAACGAGGAUCCUCUGAUGUCUGAGUGUCUACUGUACUACAUUAAAGACGGAAUCACCAGGGUAGGUCGUGUAGACGCCAGCAGUCGUCAGGACAUCGUCCUCAGCGGCCACUUCAUAAAGGAUGAACACUGCACCUUUACCAGUUCCACCGGUCCAGCGGGAGAAACAGCUGUUGUCCUAGAGCCCUGUGAAGGAGCUGAGACCUAUGUCAACGGAAAGAGAGUGACAGAGCCCACAAUCCUCAAAUCAGGAAACCGCAUCAUCCUGGGUAAAAGCCACGUGUUCCGCUUCAACCACCCCGUGCAAGCGAGAGCAGAGAGGGAGAGGACCCCGUGUGCCGAAACACCUGCCGAGCCCGUGGACUGGGCCUUCGCUCAGAGGGAGCUGCUGGACAAACAGGGCAUUGACAUGAAACAGGAGAUGGAACAGAGGCUGCAGGAGUUGGAGGACCAGUAUCGCAAAGAGAGAGAGGAGGCCAACAAUCUUCUAGAGCAGCAAAGACUGGAUUAUGAGAGCAAGCUGGAAGCUCUUCAGAAACAAGUGGACCGUUAUUACCCAGAAGCCACUGAAGAAGAGGAAGAGCCAGAAGAGGAAGUGCAAUGGACAGAGAGGGAAAGGGAAAUGGCCGUGUGGGGCUUCCGUAAGUGGAGGUGCUACCAGUUCACCUCUCUCCGUGACCUGCUAUGGGGCAAUGCCAUCUUCCUCAAGGAGGCCAACGCUAUCAGUGUGGAACUCAAGAAGAAGGUCCAGUUCCAGUUUGUGCUGCUGACAGACACUCUCUACUCCCCCCUGCCUCAAGACCUGUUGCCCCCGGACGCGACUAAAGACAGAGAGAAGAGACACUUCCCACGCACCAUUGUGGCUGUGGAGGUGCAGGAUCAGAAGAAUGGAGCCACACACUACUGGACAUUAGACAAAUUAAGGCAGAGACUUGAUCUGAUGAGAGAGAUGUACGACCGCGCUGCUGACGUGCCCAACAACACCACAGAGGACAGUGAAAAUGUGAUGACAGGAGGCGACCCCUUUUACGACCGCUUCCCGUGGUUCCGUCUGGUGGGCAGGGCUUUUGUUUAUCUGAGUAACCUGCUGUACCCGGUCCCGCUCGUCCACCGCGUGGCCAUCGUCAGCGAGAAGGGUGAAGUGAAGGGCUUCCUGCGGGUGGCAGUGCAGGCCAUAUCAGCUGAUGAGGAAGCUCCCGACUACGGCUCAGGAGUGAGGCAGUCAGGCACUGCCAAAAUCUCAUUCGAGGAUCAGCAAUAUGAAAAGUUCCAAUCAGAGUCCUGCAGUGUAGGACUGUCCCGUACAGGGAUUUCACAGGAAGAGCUUCGUAUCGUGGAAGGGGAGGGGCAGAAUGUAGAAAUGGGACCCUCGGCUGAUGAGGUCAACAACAACACAUGUGCGGGUAAUCCUGGUGCGGAUGAACUGGAGAGUCCGCUGAAGCCCAAUGUAGACGGCCAGCUCGACACAGCUCUGGAGCACCUCAGGAUUGGGAAUGUGUUUACCUUCAGGGUGACGGUCCUGCAGGCUUCCAGCAUCUCUGCAGAAUAUGCUGACAUCUUCUGCCAGUUCAACUUCAUCCACCGUCAUGAUGAGGCCUUCUCUACUGAACCCCUAAAAAACACAGGCCGUGGCCCCCCUCUCGGCUUUUACCACGUGCAGAAUAUUGCUGUUGAGGUUACAAAAUCCUUUGUGGACUACAUCAAGACUCAGCCAAUUGUGUUUGAGGUGUUUGGACACUACCAGAAACAGCCUUUCAUUCCACUCUGUAAAGAUGUCAUGAGUCCAUUGCGCCCUUGCAGAAGACAGUUCCCAAGAGUGAUGCCUCUGUCCAAACCAGUACCUGCCACCAAGCUGAAAACCAUGACCCGCCCACAGGCAGGACCCUGCCACUGCAAAUAUGAUCUCAUGGUAUUCUUUGAGAUCUGCGAGCUAGAGGCCAAUGGAGACUACAUCCCUGCAGUGGUGGACCACAGAGGAGGAAUGCCUUGCCAUGGCACAUUCCUACUGCACCAGGGCCUCCAGAGGAGAAUCACUGUCACCAUUGUGCAUGAGUCCGGAGGUGACAUGGAAUGGAAAGAAGUCCGUGAACUUGUUGUGGGACGCCUCCGCAACACCCCCGAGUCUGAUGAGACCAUCAUUGACCCAAAUAUUCUCUCUCUCAACAUCUUGUCUGCUGGGUAUGUCAGACCCAUGCAAGAUGACAGGACCUUCUAUCGCUUCGAGACUGCUUGGGACAGCUCCAUGCACAACUCCCUGCUACUUAACCGAGUCACUCCAUACGGGGAGAAGAUCUACAUGACCCUCUCAGCCUACGUAGAGAUGGAGAACUGCACCCAGCCCGCAGUCAUAACCAAAGAUAUCUGCAUGGUGUUUUACUCCCGGGACACAAAGCUCUCAGCCUCACGCUCUAUCCGCAACCUUUUUGGUACUGGAAGCCUGAGAGCGGCAGAUGGAAACCGUGUCACAGGAGUUUAUGAAGUCAGUCUGUGUCACCUGGCGGAUGCAGGAAGCCCAGGUAUGCAGAGGAGGCGUAGGCGGGUGCUGGACACCUCAGUGGCCUAUGUCCGUGGAGAGGAGAACCUGGCUGGGUGGAGGCCUCGCAGCGACAGCCUCAUUCUGGACCACCAGUGGGAGCUGGAGAAACUCAGCCUCCUUCAAGAUGUGGAGAAGACCAAACAUUACCUCCUGCUGAGGGAGAAACUGGAGUCCACCCUGCUCAUGGGGCAGGACGCCCUGCAGACCUGUGUCACUGACGAUCUGAGUGAGACCCCUCAGCCCCCAGAAGUGGACCAGGAGGUCAGCUCCAGCUCCGAAAUCACCACCGAGAGGCAGAGGGAGCUUGCUGCCAAGUGUUUGCGGCUGCUCACUCACUCCUUCAACAGAGAGUACAGCCAUGUGUGCAUCAGCGCCAGUGAAAGCAAGAUCUCAGAGAUGUCCGUCACAACGCUGAGAGACUCCACUUCAAUCACAGCUCUUAACACAAUCACACCCUCUUCCACAUGCCCUUCCCUGGUGGAGGGUUGCUAUGGCAAUGCUGAUCUCAGACCUCCUACGCCUCGCUCUCGGGCCGUCAGCCCCGGUCCUGACACACAGCAGGUGGACACAGACGGCAAAAAGUCCAACGGCGGAGUCUCUGAAGGCAAGCCUCAGACCCGCAGAUAUGUUCCUGAUAUCCAGGAGAUUAGAGUCAGCCCCAUUGUGUCCAAGAAGGGUUACUUGCAUUUCUUGGAGCCACACACCAACGGAUGGGUGAAGCGCUACGUAGUGGUGCGGCGGCCGUACGUCUACAUCUACAACUCAGAGAGAGACAGUGUGGAGCGGGCUAUUCUCAAUCUCUCCUCAGCCCAGGUUGAGUACAGCGAGGACCAGCAGGCAAUGCUGAAGACCCCAAACACAUUCGCUGUGUGUACAGAACAUCGUGGAAUAUUGCUUCAAGCCAAUAACGACAAAGACAUGCACGACUGGCUGUACGCGUUUAAUCCUCUCCUUGCCGGGACUAUCAGGUCAAAGCUGUCGAGAAGACGAGCCGGACAGAUGAGGAUGUGAACAAAUCUCACGAGAGUUGAAAGACAAAACGAAAAAGACUUAAAGAUGUAAAUAGGUCCCUGUCCUUAUCCCUCCUCCCCUUGUGCUGAGC